AUGAAAAGAAAGACUUUAUUAUUGGAAGCUGACAUUAUUCAAUAAAUUAAAAGUGCAUUCAAUCUAAAUCAAAUAGAAAUCACUGAAUUACUCACAUAAGCCAAACGAUAUGAUCCUAAAGGCACUGGUUAUGUUAGCAAAACAGAGGUUGAUGAUAUUAUGAGAGGCAUGAAACUUAUUUAACAAUAUAGAUCUUAAAUUACUUAAUAAUGAA